AUGUUCAAGCUUCUUUCAAUUGUAUCUCUCGCCAUCGUCGCUGGGCGCGUCUCAGCUAUCCCGGUCUGGGGACAAUGCGACGCGGGCUCGACGUGUACUUACUCAAAUGAUUAUUACUCUCAAUGCCUACCGGGUGCAGCACCACCCGCUCCGACAUCGAACCCGCCCUCUUCACCGACCUCCGUCCCUGGACCCGCACCUACCGGUGGCGCAGGCAGCGGGCUAGAUGGUAAAUUCAAGGCCAAGGGCAAGAAGUUCUGGGGUUCGUGCGCAGACGCCAACACUUUGAACAUCGCCGCAAACGUUGCGGUCUUGAAGUCCGACUUUGGUCAAGUCACUCCCGAAAACUCCAUGAAAUGGGAUGCCACAGAAAACACUCGUAACUCCUUCACGUUCGGUGGAUCCGACACGCUCGUCAACUGGGCUACGACUAACGGCAAGCAGAUUCGUGGCCACACUCUCGUCUGGCACUCGCAACUCCCAGGCUGGGUCUCCUCUAUCAACGACAAGGCCACGCUUACGUCUGUGAUCCAGAACCACAUCACCAACGUUGCUGGCCGCUACAAAGGCAAACUUUACGGUUACGAGAUAUUCAACGAAGAUGGUAGCUUGCGUUCAAGCGUCUUCUCUAACGUCUUGGGAGAGUCCUUCGUCACUAUCGCCUUCCAGGCUGCUAGGGCAACUGACAGCACCGCUAAGCUGUACAUCAACGACUACAACUUGGACUCCAACAACGCCAAAGUCAGAGGCCUGGUCGCAUUGGUCAACCGUGUUAACUCUGCCAACAAGUUGAUCGACGGUAUUGGUACCCAGAUGCAUCUCGGCCCUGGUGGCGCUGGUGGUGCCCUCGCUGCCCUUACCGCUCUCGCUGCAGCCGGGACUGAAGUCGGUAUCACCGAGUUAGAUAUCCAAGGUGCUGCUCCCAACGAUUACACCACCGUCGUGCAAGCCUGCCUCUCUACCCCCGCUUGUGUUGCAAUCACCUCCUGGGGUGUAUCGGACACGAACUCAUGGAGGGCCAGCUCCACCCCUCUCUUGUUCGAUGGCAACUACAGGCCAAAGGCCGCCUACAACGCUGUUAUCCAGGCCUUAUCUUAA